GAAAACCUUUGACCUCAUGGAGAAAAGGAUGAAGCCAAAUGCUUAUGUUAAAUUAGCAAAGCAACAAGCAUCACUUCAGAGUGAUGACAUCAUCGUUUGUGUGUGAAAUAAAAACACCUGUCAGAUUUUGAGCACUUCUCACUUCUCACUGUCUGCCUCUGGGUAGGAGGGGUCUGGUUAGGUUUAAAACUCCAGCUUUUGUGACUUCUUGAUUAUUCCUCUCUACAAGAGUCAAGACAGAAGUCAGACCACCAGAGCAAGAAUUUUAGCUGAGGAAGCGUCUGCGAUUUGAAGCGAAACGUCCUCGCGUCAAGCAACCCAGUCCAGUCGAAGAUUCAAGCUUUUUCUACUAUUCUCACUGAAACGCAACACGUGCUGUUGUGACGUCACUGAACCACAAAUUAAAGCUGCUGCUUCCUGAAUUAUUUUCAAAAUAAAGGUGUAAUUGGGAAUUAUUCAUUCAGCGUUUUUCACCUUUUUUAUAAUUAGUUCUUGUGAGGUGUCGUUUUAGAUCUUCUUGUAUCAUUUUCUUUAUAUUUUAAAAUGUCUCCAGUUAAAGAAGCAUGAAAUGGAAAAAUAUAUCAAAUUAUAUCUCCAGGUGAUUUUAAAUUGGUCAUUUGGAGAAAAAGACGAAAACGACGUUUUCCAGUUUGUGUUUUUGGUGGUUGGUUCAGACAGCAGAGUGAUCCAUCUCACCGCGCUCUGAUCACUGGGCGCUGACGUCACGCUCUGCUUGGCGCAUGCGCAGUCAUAAUGCGGUCAGGUUGCUGAGACCGUGUGCUGUGUUUAAAGUCCGUGUUUUUAAUUUACAUUCCGUGAUUUUAAUUUACAGUCUGCGUUGAAUCGUGACGCGCUAUUAUAGAGGGCUUUCUCCUCCUCGACAUCCUCCUGGACCUGCCACAGGGUUCUUGCUCAGUUCAGGGUUCCACUUUUGAUCUCCUGUGUUCAGAUUCCGGUCUGUUGCUGAGCUUGUUGCAGGAUAAAGAAGAAGCAGCUGAUGAAGCACUCACGGAUGUUUUGAUAGAAUGCAGCGUGCCGACGUGAAGGACCAACCUGCAGCCUACGAACGGCUUGUUUUAAAGAACGCCUCCACCUAUCACUACCUGAAGAUCUGCCUCGUUCUGGAGGACGCGGCUACCAGACUGAGCGCCGUCGAACUGAAGCUGUUCAUCACUACCGGCCUGAGGAACCUGUACGGAGAGGUUGGAGCAGCGCUGCCGUUUGACCUGCUGAAGUAUGAUGAAGAAUCCCGCAUUGGUUUUCUCCGCGUCUACAGCAGUGGUUUGGUGAAGCUAUGGAGCUCCCUAACACUGCUGGGGUUCUAUCAGAACCAGUCCUGUGCCUUCAGAGUGCUGCAGGUGUCUCCGUUCCUUUUGGCGCUGACAGGAAACAGUCGUGAGCUGAAGCUGGACUAACGGAGCCGUAGCUCAUGCUAACAGAAGAUUAUUGGAGGCUAACAAUGUGGAGGAACGCCUUCCGGAUACCGUCU